AUGGAUGUCUAUCGUGGUAGUCAAUUGGAUCAGUCUGAGAUUAAAGCUUACUCGGAGGCGAUUGGUGAAUAUAAGUGCUGGCUUGGAUUUACUUCAACAACUAAGAACCGUGAAGUGGCACAAAUGUUUGGCGAUACAUUGUUCAUCAUUGACGCAUCAUCGUGCGGUGGAAGUGACAUAUCACUACUGUCACAGUUCACAGACGAAGAAGAAGUACUACUUCCUGCAGGAGCAACGUUUAAAAUUCAUAAAGUUGUAUUUGACCAGGAAACUCAAAAAUACUGUAUUUUUCUAGAGCUUCUGCCUGAAGUCCGUCUCGUCGUACUUGGGAAAACUGGAACGGGAAAAAGUUCGUUUGGAAAUACAGUACUAGCUAGAGAACAAUUUGAAGCAGACUGUGCUUUUGAAUCUAUUACUACAAGGUGCUCAGUGGGACUUCGAGUUUUCAAUGAUAAAAACUGGGUGAUUGUGGAUACGCCAGGAUUUUUUGACACAAAACUUCCUAAACAACAAGUUCAAAGAGAAGUUGCUGGUUCGUAUCAAAUAACAGCGCCAGGUCCACAUGUUUUCUUAGUCGUUGUUGAAUUGGGUCGUUUUACAGAAGAAGAAGAGCGAGCAGUAGAAUGGAUUACUAAAAUAUUUGGUGAUCGGGCUGUUGAUUAUUGUAUCAUCAUCUUCACUCAUUUAGAUAAAAUUAUCAAAGCCAAGAAAAAGAAAACUGUCGACAAAUAUCUCCAAAAUGCAAAUCCAGCAUUAAUCAAACUGCUUGAUAAAUGUGAUAACAGGUAUAUUGCUGUUGAUAAUACAGCAAGUGAUGAUGCAAAAGAACAAACGCUCAAAGAUCUGUCAGAUAAAAUAUCAAAAAUGAUAGCAAAAAAUGGUGAACGUUUUUAUACUACGAGCGAGUUUCAACAAGUAGCCAUGCAACUGAAAAAAGUCGCCAAGGAAACAAGAUGCAAGUUUAAUCCAUUAAAAUCAGAUGGAACUGUUAACGUAUUACCAGAAGUAGAAAAAAUUGUUGCGUGUGAACUCGACAUUAGUUAG